AUGUACAACAAUAAUAAUAAUUUUGGUGGAGGUGGUUAUAAUCAAGGUGGAGGAUAUAACAGUGGUGGAUAUAAUAAUAAUGGCGGUGGAUAUAAUAAUAAUAAUGGUGGAUAUAAUAAUAAUAAUAAUAAUAAUGGUGGAUAUAAUAAUAACAGACCUCAACAACAACAACAACAACAACAACAAUAUGUAAAUAAUAAUAAUAAUAGUUUUGAUAAUAAUGGUUACGGAGGCGAUGAUGAUGUCACAAAUAAUUCUGACUAUCAAUCAACUACUAGAAAUAUUCAACAAAUUCAAAAUGCUGUACAAAUAUUAACUAAAUUAGUUCAACUAUUGGGUACACCAAAAGAUUCAAUGGAUACUAGAGAAAAAAUCCGUAAUUGUGUUGAUUCAACAACUCAUUUAAUUUCAUCAGAAUCUGGCAAGGUUAAAAACCUUACAUCUUUAGCAAGUCGUUCACGUGAUUCAAAAAAUAAAUUAUUAUAUCAAAAAUUAGUUAAAGAAUUUAAUAAUUGUUUACAACAAUUUAAAGAUAUUGCACAAGUUGCAACUAAAAAAGAGAAAACAACACCAUUACCAGUUGCACCAGAUCAUCAACAACCAACAACAUUUGGAAGAAACAACAACAGCAAUAAUAAUAAUCAAAAUAAUCACUUUUUAAAUAAUCAACAACCAUAUUAUGAUGAUGAUAAUAGAGAGGACGAACAUCAAAGUUUGAUGGAAUCAUCACGUAGACAACAAUUGGCACAAAUUGAGGCAGAAAGAGAAUAUCAAAAUUCAAUCAUUCAAGAAAGAGAUGAAGGUAUUCGUAAGAUUGAACAAUCGAUCGUUGAGAUUAAUGAAAUCUUUGUAGAUUUAUCAGGUUUGGUUGCAGAGCAAGGCGUUAUGAUUAAUACCAUUGAAGCUAGUCUUGAAUCAACUACUAUCAAUACAAAAGAGGGUGUCAAUCAUCUUAGAGAAGCAAGCAAAAAUCAAAAAUCCUCUAGAAAUAAAAUGUGUUGGAUUGUACUCAUUCUCUUAAUUGUUUGUGCUGUUUUAGGUGUUAUUUUAUUCUUUACUUUAAGAAAAUAG